UGUGUAGCAGAAGGAUAGACGCUGUCAGGGGUGACCCUAACGCAGUAGCGCAGCAUGGCUAAAAAGAAGAAGCUGGGUUUAAUCGCCGAGAUGGCCAGGAAGAUUCGGGCCUACAGGGAAUUAAAGGACCGGCCUCGGGACUCCCAGAAGUAUGCCCUGGACUAUCAGAACAUGACUCGACCCCUCACUGGCAAACGUUUACCAGUCCUCGCAUGGGAGGACGUGAGAAACGAGAACCGUCUAUUCACACUGCUUACUGGUCUGCGUUCCUUUGGCAUCAGUAGAAUGGUGACUAGGAAGUCUUGGCUGGAACUUUACGAUGAACCGUGUUACUGGACAAUUACAAAGGUCAAAGUGGAUUAUACAGCUGAGAACAUGGAUCAUGGAAAGGCUUGGGGCUACUUAACAUUCAGAGGCAAGCCUGAAAAUGAAGUAAAAGAAAUCCCUAAAGUCAUGUACCAUGACUGGCGCCUUGUGCCACGACAUGAAGAGGAGAACUUCAAGCGCUUCACCCCAGUGCCAGAUCCAGAACCAGUCAGAUAUGUGCCAUACCCACCUCUUAUGCGGGCCAUGAUCCUUGCGCAGAUGCAGAAAGAAGGAAAACCACUGACUGAACCCAUGUUAGAUCUCAAAAGGACAAGCUUCUUCCCCAAGGACUACUUUGAGAAAGAGAGAGAAGCCAGAGAAGGGACAGCUGUCUGAAAAGGACUUCAUGGAGAUCUUUAACCACUGGGUACCACGGUUGACAGGCUCUCAUUUGAACAUCAUAUGGAAGAAAAUCAGCAGAAAUCGGUGUACAAUGGUGUUUUAAUUCUAGUGGAACUGGCAAGAGGUUUGUAGAGGAAUACGAUUACUCCAUUUUGUUUUUUUGCAGAGUACUCUUUAAAAGCGUCAUUUUGCAAUAAAUUAACCAUAAAGAAAUAACAGGCACGUAAAGGAAUAGUAAUGGGUGUAAGAUGAAAGUCACUAUAAAAUAAACAUAUAUUGUUUUCUACAAAGAGCAUAUUUUUGACUGGCUGGAACAAUUUAUGAUUGGUAGCUGCAGUGUCUGAUGCUUGGCACUAGGGGGAGCCCCUGACCUGCUAAAAUGCUCUCCCUACUAGUUCACCUUGACCCACUAAUAUUGUUGCAAUAUUCUUGUUAAGCAUAUUCUAAUUUGGUUUCUUUUAAUUGGGUCACUGCUGUUGUCGGUCUUUUGCAUGCUGUUAUAUAAACUUUUAGUAAAUGUACCAUUUUCAAGUGGGCUUGUCAAAACUUAGGCAAUAGCAUAUGGUGUGUUUAUUCACCCAUUUUAAAUCUCGGCAGGCAACAAAAUGCCCCAAAAUACCUUUGCAUAGCACCACAUGCCAGUUGAAUUAUGUAAUCUUAUGAAAGUGUAGAGGAGAGCAUUUUUGCACAAUUAAUCGACACAACGAUUCCAGUAAUCUGCUUUGCAAUGGUUCAUUUGACCGUUUUGUCGCACCUGGGGAAGUGCAAUUACCCCGUGGGUGACAAAGCACCCGGUGUGCCAUUGCCCUAUAGCUCUGUCUGAUUUAUUUUGUUCAGUGGUACAUAUAAGUUCAAUUGAUAUGUAAAUCACCAAUUCCUCUUAUUUAAAAUAAUUCCCAAAUUCUUAAAACAUACAAGGAUUGUUUAUUCAAUUUAUAAUUAAAAAGGAGAGAAAGAAACCUUGUUUGAGAAUGUUUGGUCUUACUUGUUCGCCACCACCCACUUAACAAAAAUUUUUAAUACUACUUGGAAGAAAAUCUCUUUAAGACCCGUUAAUUAAUUUCAACUAUCAGUUUAUCACUUCUUGAUGAUUUUUUUUGUAUUCAAUCAGAAAACACACCAUUAAUUCUGUGUAUCAAUUAAUUGCUGAAGCUCUAAAUAAAUAAAUUAAUUCAAGUGA